AUGGCAGGGAAAAUGCUAUGGCUAUAUUAUGCCACUCGCCGCUUUGCUGCAGAAAGACGUGCUUUCAUCUGGGUGCACAGCAACAGCUGCUAUCUCUACACAGAAGAGGGGGUAUUCAAAGUUCCUGAUGACUGGCAAGACAGCCAUUUCAUCCCUGGCAUUCCCAUCUGGGCGUUGAUCAAUUUGACAAGCGGCAAGAACACUCUGCAUGCCUUCAUGGUGUCCCAGAUCUACUUUGUUGUCUGCCUGGCUUUGACAACUCAGGAUCGACGGAUGAAGCACACCAUUCCUUUCUGUCUUACCAUGAACCCAUUGGGUAGAGAUGAGAUGAGGCAAGCUGCUUGCCUCUAUGAGCUCCCAGAAGACGACAUGCUUGAAAAAUAUGACCAACUUGGUCCUAUCCCUCGGAUCUGCAUCGACUUCACCCCUUAUCAGCUAGAAGAAGACUAUGACCAUACCCUGAACAAUAUUUUGAAGUGCCAUAUCACACCCAACACCCUCGAAUUGAUCUUGGUCAAACCAGAGCCCAUGAUGGAUGGCAUUGGACAGUACCUCUUUCUCCUCACUUGA